AUGACGAUGCCACCGCCACCGCGCGUGCGGUUGCUCGGCGGCGAAGCCGGCUCCUUUUUCACCGGCGCCAAGGAUGGCGCCGAUCUCGAGAGCGACCUCGACGCCGUGUCGGAAGACGACGAGCUGGCAGCCAUGCGCCGUGGCUGCCAGCUUUGCAAGAAAUCGCUCGGAACUGCUAAGCGCUUGGGGCUUCUAAUGGCGGAAGCAUUGACUGCAGUUGUCGCAAUAGGAUGGGGCAUGAAAGCCGUAGGGUGGGUUGCCUCGCCCAUCAUCUCCGACCUGUUCAAGAAAGCAUCCUCCUAUCUCGGCUUUGAUGCAUCGGAGAAGCUGAGCGAGCUUGAGCCAAAGAUUUUAUUGCUGGAGCGGGUGAUGGGAGCGGUUGAGGGGAGCCCUUGCAGGCCUCGUUUGGAGGGACUGUACAACAAACUUAAAUCUGCUUUCUACGAAGCAGAGGAAAUCUUGGAUGAUGUUGAGUAUUACAGUCUCGAGAAGAAGAUACAAGAUGACAAGCUCAAGUCAGAGGUCGCUGGGCCUUCACGUCGCUUGAAGCAGAUCUUGUCUGCCGUGACGAAGAGCUCUCCACUAAAACAUCAGGAGAGUGGUAUGUCAAAAGUUAAGUUGAAAAAGAAGCUAGACACAUUAGAAGAGAUGAACCUGCCAAGCCUAAGUGGUGCAAACCAGAGCCAUGGUGUUGCUGCUAAAUCACGAGGUAGCGUCACUACUUCAAGGCCUCUAUCAAAGAUAAUCGGACGAGAUGAAGAUUGUGAUAAGAUCGUAGCAAUGCUUCAUGAGAAGGAAGAACAUGGUCAGCCUGAGAGCAAUAGUGCUCCAUGUUACACUGUUGUUGGCAUUCAUGGUGUCGGCGGUUCUGGGAAAUCAACCCUUGCGCAACUUGUUUGUGCCCGUGAGAAAACGGAUGCCCAUUUUGACCUUGUAAUGUGGGUUCAUGUUUCUCAGGAUUAUUGUGUGGAUGCCCUUUACGUGCAGAUGUUUGAAGCUGCUACAGGUACUUCAUGCCCUCAAUUGAGUAAUCGUGACACCUUACAAGAUAUAUUGGAGAAGAAACUGCAUGGAAAACGUUUCAUUUUGGUACUAGAUGAUGUUUGGUACAAUAUUAGAAAUGUGACGCAGUCUGAAAGUAUGCAACAGAUACUUUCGCCGCUGCAGGCUGGAGAGGCAGGAAGCAAGAUCCUUGUGACUAGUCGAACUGAAGAUGCAUUAUUAGCUCUCGGUGUCGCGAAGCAGAGAUGUAUUCCCAUACCAGUCCUAGAUGAAAAUGUCUUCUGCAAUUUGCUCAUGCAUUAUGCACUCCAUGGCGUACCUGUUGACGAUCAUGCUCGUAGAACACUGGAAGAUAUUGGAAAAGAGAUUGCAAAAAAGCUGAAGAGGUCACCUCUAGCAGCCAGAAUAGUUGGAGCACAGUUGCGUAUAAGGCAAACCGUUGAGUUCUGGAGAAGCGUUCGAAACCGGGACCUUUUGAACGAGACCAUGGGAGCUCUGUGGUGGAGCUACCAUCAUCUUUGUGAGCAGGUCAAGCGUUGCUUUGCUUUCUGCAGUAUAUUUCCUCGAAGACAUUUGUUGAAACGUCACGAGUUGGUAAAGCUAUGGGUUGCAGAAGGGUUUGCCAGAUGCACUAGUGAAGGGGGGGAAAUGGAAGAUGUUUGCCAGGAAUACUUUGAUGAACUAGUGUCAGCCUCAUUUCUGCAACUUAGAGCAAAGGAGAAUCCCCUUGAGAAGGAGUACUAUUUAAUUCAUGAUCUGUUGCAUGAUCUAGCGGAGAAGGCCGCUGGAAGCGACUGUUUCAGAAUCGAAAAUAGUUGGAAACCGCAAAGAAAAUGUACAGCAGUGGAAGUUCCUCCAAACGUCCGACAUUUAUUUGUUGAGACCUAUAAUGAAGAAUUGGUCACCAUGAAGAUAUGCAAAUUGUACAACUUACGCACUCUCAUCAUUGGUGGUAAAAAUAUACAAGGAGCAGUUGGGGAGCAAGACCUGAAGUGCAUGUUUAAGAAGCUGAGGAAGUUGCGUGUGCUUAUCAUAAGUCCCAGAUAUUCAAAGGAGGGAGGUUGUGUCUCCUUAGAUGUCCGAGUCCCAGCAUGUAUUGGUCAGCUUACACACCUGAGGUAUCUUGCUUUACGUGCUAGUUUUUUUAGUCGUGGAAUUCUAAGGUUGACUUUACCGGCCACUUUUAGCAAGCUAUACCACAUGCAGAUUCUGGAUUUUAAGCGCUUUGAGAAUGUGGAGUUUUCAACUUCUGAAGAUAUUGGUGACCUCGUCAAUUUGCGGCAUGUACGCUUCUCAGACCUUCUGGAUAUCCCAAACAUCGGCAAGCUGACGUCACUCCUAUCGAUGAAAGUCUUCAAUGUAAGAAAGCAACAAGGCCACGAGUUAAAGCAACUCGGGAACCUAAUCAAGCUUCGGGGGCAACUCUCGAUUAGGGGCUUGGAAAAUGUUGAAAGCAAGGCGGAAGCUCUCGAGGCCAAUCUGGCCGGUAAGGAAGGGCUGGGUACACUGAAACUGUCCUGGGAGAGAGUUCAAGCGAGUCCAGAAUCUCAGGCACAAGUACUAGAAGGUCUUUGCCCUCCCAAGGAUCUCGAAUCACUGACUAUCGAAGGUUACCAAUGUUCGACGUAUCCAAGCUGGAUGCACAAUGGUGGCCCAAAGCACGUGAACCAUCUCGUGCUCUACGGAUGCAGGGCACAACCUGGUCCUGAACUUGUUGGGUUUUGCGCUCAUCUACGUGAGCUCGGGAUUGUGGGCUGCAGUUGGGACGCCUUGCCAGAUUACAUUGAGCACCUGACAUCACUGCAGAGCCUGGAGAUCAAGUCCUGCCAGAAUAUUCGGUCGCUUCCAGCACUGCCACCAUCUCUUGAGCGCUUAGACCUGAAUGACUGCGGUAUGUUGGCGUGUUCGUGCAAAACAAUUGGAGAUCCAGAUUGGCAGAAGAUUAAGCACAUCCCGUACGCAUCAAUAUAUGACGGUAAUACCGACCGAGGAGUAGGCUGCGUGAUGAAAAUGGGAGUUGCACAAGACCUGAAGGACUUAUCGUCACUUGUACCCGUGCGGUUCUAG